GUUUGCGCGUAGGACACUAGGGCCAUCCCCUUGCUUCUUUUGAGUCAUCCAAGGAACUCAGAUACAUUCUUGAAGGUCUUUAACCUUGGGACUUUUGAGAAGAUGGUGUUACUAAUUCUGUUACUUACAUUCGUGUACCACUCAAGGGGACAUGCAGUGGAACAGGAAAUUGUUUACGGUAUCGGAAUCAAGCUAUGUAACCUCAAAUGUAUUGAAAGGGGAGCCUGUUUGAGUUUUUCAUACAACAUUGACAGACUUGCGUGUCAUCUUUUGCACAAUGAGGCAAUGAAUUCGACAAUGAAGGAGGGAUACAUUGUUCACCAAAAGCAAAGAAACCAAGUUUCAACAAAUAUGUGCUCCUUCGUGAACUGUAAAUCGAACACUCGUUGUGUUGAGACACGCCAUGGUGUCGCAGUAUGUGUUGAGGGUCACACUGUCACCAGCGCCCUGGAAUCGAGAUGCAUAACUGACUCUGAUUGCCCAGCAGACAAGAUGUUCGUGUGCUUCACCAAGACCUGCAAGUGUAAACCAGGAUACAGCUUUAAUCCUGUCAACAACAACUGUGUCCGAGGUUGCAAAACGUAUGGUAACGGAUUUACGACAUACCAAGGACUAGGCAUAUGGGGAUACAACACUAAAGAGGAGUUUGGUAAAACUGCAGAGGAAUGUUCUGAAAUGUGCAUAACAGAGAAAACGUUUACUUGUGUUACCUGCGAGCACACACUCAAAAACGGUACCUGUCUUCUGUCAAGAUACGGGUACCUAGAUGCACCACCAUCCUCAAGAGAUACCGAAAGUCAAGAAUGGACCUUUACAGUGAGAAACUGUGUGUAA